UAUCACACAAAGAUACUUUCUGCAGAUGCCAACUCUGAUUUACAAAAUUCUUUUAAGAAUUUUUACCAAAUUACAGACCCCAUUCUCAAUAAUAUUAUUGAUGUACUUAGAGCUCUUAACCUUCCUGACCCUAUACAAAUUAAAGAGUAUUUGGCAAUCCCCGAAAAAAAUAUUGUUUAUAAAAUUCUCUCUAAUGAUUAUGUUAUUACAGAGCUUGUUAAAAUAUUCUGA